UUCCUAAGCACAUUUGAGGAGAACGCAAGUGGCUAAAAAUUGUUAUUAUUUUAUUAUUGCUGAAAUAAUGACGUCAGCACUGGAGAAGUCGGAGAACGGGGAUUUCAAUCAUGCGAUAAAAUAUUUCGCAAAGGUCAGCAACAGUGCGGAUUUUCUUGAGUUCUCGCCAGAAUUUGUUCGAGAGAUUACGGACAGUGAUGAGCUUAAUAUUGACUGUGAGGUUGAUGUUUUUCAAGCCAUUAUGCGAUGGUAUGAACAUGACAAAGAAGGCCGCGAAGAGUAUCUUGCAUCGCUAGUUACCUCUCUAAGACUCGUGCAAUUUGAUCCAGCCUUUAUUUUAAAACACAUAAAACCUCUACCUGGUUGUGAACAGAUUGCGAAUGAGGCUUUGAAAUUAAUCACUGAAUCAACAGAAGGAGACAGCCGAAUUUCGCCAGUCCAUACGAAAGCGCGAAGUGAACGUAAAUGUGUUCUGAUGAUUUUGAAUGAUGUAAAAAAAUUAAAAUACAUUCUACGCUACAGCCAGGCCCUUGAUAAAUGGCAAAAAUGUUUUGAACUUAAAUUCAUAGACUACAGCUAUGGACUAAUAUACCACAAGAAUAGUCUGUUUUUUAUUGGUGGACGUUCUCGUGGUGUCCAGAGGAACAAUGCUGUUAAACGCCUUGAUUUGGUUACUUUUAAGUGGAUGGAAAUGGCCAACAUGUCACAGCGUCGCGAUGAUUUGUGUGUUGCAAUCUUCAAUGAAAAUAUUUACGCUUUUGGAGGCCAUGAUGGUGGAGACCCUUUCAAUACAGUCGAGAUGUUCGAUAUAGGCAUAAAUCAGUGGCGAAAGCUGCCAGCAAUGUCAGAUCACAGAUAUGGAGCCAGCGCCAUAGUUUACGAAGAAAAAAUUUAUAUAUUCGGUGGAUUGGGCAUUGACUGUGAGCCCUUAUGUUCAGUUGAAUGCUAUGACCCAACAACAAACUCUUGGUCAAAAUGUGGUAAUAUGCAUCAAGCGCGCGGCUGGCCUGGCGUGACUAUAUUAAAUGGAUUUAUAUUCCUCAUUGGAGGAUUUAAUGAAGGCAUGUUGAGUACAGUGGAGCGUUUCGAUCCACAGCAGCAUACAUGCACGAAGUUGUCGUCGUUAAAUGUAGCACGGUUCGGCAUUUGUGCCAUCACAAUUGACAACCAAAUAUGGGCAGUUGGCGGUCAUGAUGUGUAUACUGUAGAAGAAUAUGAUUCUGACAACGAUAAGUGGAUCGAAAAAUCACCGUUACCUGUUUAUGGCAUACACAGCCAUGUGGAAGUGCCAAAUAAUUUUGUUGAUAAGUUGCAGAGUAAAUAUAUGUGUAAACCGAGUUAAUAAAAAAUACAAAAAUUGUUUA